CCCAGAGUCCAUAAAUGAUCUGAAAGCAUGAUUGUCUGUUAUGCAUCUCCUUCCCUACAGGAUCAUAAACCUGUUUGAGCUGAAAGAGAGAGAGAAGCAGAUCAGGACCAGGAUGGCGACAGCGGGGACCGACAUGGAGCUGAACGACCUGCUGGACUUCAGUGUUAUGUUUCCUCAUCCGGUGUCGAACGGGAGAAACCGAGGCCCUACUGUUCCCAGCAGUCAGUAUGGUUUAGAUGAAAGAAGUGCCUCUGGUUCUUGGGCUUCAGGAGAAGCGAACGGUCCUGCGUUCACCGCACGGCUGUAUGGAGACGGUCCUCAGAGUCACUACCCUGAACACGACAGCAUGUACAACUUAGAGAUUGACGGGAAAUCUGAACGAGGGUACCCCGUUACUCAGCCGCAGCUCUUGCCCGCUGAUAUCAGCGACGGUCUUUCUCCUCCGGGAAUGAAAGUCUCUUCUCAGUUCUACAGUCUUCAUCGCCGGAGGGGCGCAGACUCCAGUUUAGAUCCACUGCCCAAGAAGAUCCGGAAGGUUCCUUCUGGCCUGCCGUCGUCGGUGUCUUCGGUUUAUCCCGGUUCCACCGGUGAGGACUAUAACCCUGACGGCUCCGGAUACCCCGGAUCCAAAGCUGCAAACCUUUAUCCAGGCUCUUUCUGGCCAGAUGGGCUUCCGGAUCACUGGGGACAGUCUGGUUAUCCUCCGGUCAUGAGUAACUCUCCUCACAUCGCUCAGCCGGCUCCGUUCCCCUCCAUAAACACACAGAAGCGUCAGCCUUUGCCCCUGUCGCCGCAGAACUACCCUCUGCACGGGAGCGAGGUCAACUUACCCACCAAAUUGCUGCACAUAAAAGUUUUUUUGACCAUUUUACCAUUGCAGGUGGUGGUAAAUAAGGCAGCGCUGAUUGUGAACCAGCUUACUCGGAAGGAGGCGUCUCGCCGUGUGCUCAUGCAGUCUCCUCAGAUGGUGUCGGCUGUGGUGAGGGCCAUGCAGAACACCGGAGACCUGGAGACGGCACGCUGCGCUGCCAGUGUUCUGCACUGCCUCUCGCACCAGCGCGAGGGACUGCUAGCUAUCUUCAAAUCAGGCGGCAUCCCUGCACUAGUGCGCAUGCUCAGUUCCCCUAUGGAGUCAGUGCUGUUCUAUGCCAUUACCACGUUACACAACCUGUUACUGCACCAGGAGGGAGCCAAGAUGGCGGUGCGUCUGGCCGAUGGACUGCAAAGGAUGGUCCCUCUUCUGAAAAAGACUAACCCCAAGUUCCUGGCCAUCACCACAGACUGCCUGCAGCUGCUGUCUUACGGCAAUCAGGAGAGCAAGUUGAUCAUCCUGGCAAAUGCUGGCCCAGAAAGUUUGGUGUUCAUUAUGAGAAACUACAACUAUGAGAAGCUCCUAUGGACCACCAGCAGAGUCCUGAAGGUGCUUUCUGUCUGUCCAAGCAACAAGCCGGCUAUUGUUGACGCUGGAGGUAUGCAGGCUCUGGGCCAACAUCUCACAGGUUCGAGUCAACGCCUGACACAGAACUGCCUGUGGACCCUGAGGAAUCUCUCUGACGCUGCAACCAAGCAGGAAGGCCUGGACGGUCUCCUGCAGAUCUUAGUGAGUCAGCUGGGUUCAGAUGACGUGAACAUGCUGACCUGUGCUACUGGCAUCUUGUCAAACCUCACCUGCAACAACGCACGCAACAAGGCCCUGGUCACUCAGAGCGGUGGGGUGGAGGCCCUCAUUCACGCCGUGCUCCGGGCUGGAGAGAAGGAGGAUGUGGCCGAGCCGGCCGUCUGCGCCCUGCGUCACCUCACGAGCCGCCACCUCGAUGCAGAGCUGGCCCAGAAUGCAGUGCGUCUGCACUACGGCAUCCCAGCCAUCACCAAGCUCUUAGGCCAGCCGCACUAUUGGCCUGUGGUAAAGGCCACAGUGGGUUUGAUUCGUAACUUGGCCCUGUGUCCGGCCAAUCAGGCGCCCCUAAGAGAAUCUGGCACAAUCCCUCGACUGAUCAACCUGCUAUUGAAAGCUCAUCAGGAAACUCAAAGACAUGGCUCAGCGGCCCAGCAGACCUAUCAGGAUGGCGUGCGAAUGGAGGAGAUUGUGGAAGGCUGUACAGGGGCUUUGCAUAUACUGGCCAGAGAUCCCAUCAACCGAGGGGAGAUCGCCAGCUUGCAGACCAUUCCUCUGUUUGUGCAACUUCUGUACUCCUACGUGGAGAACAUAAAGCGUGUGUCCGCUGGUGUUUUGUGUGAACUGGCUCUGGAUAAGCAGUCUGCUGAGAUGAUUGACGCAGAAGGAGCAUCUGCACCUCUAAUGGAGCUCCUGCACUCUCCCAAUGAGGGGAUUGCCACCUAUGCUGCAGCUGUUCUCUUCCGGAUCUCGGAGGACAAGAGUUCAGACUACAGGAAGCGUGUGUCGGUGGAGCUCACACAUUCCCUCUUCAAACAUGACCCUGCAGCUUGGGAAAUGGCACAUGCCGCCAUGCCACUCGACCCUGGAUAUAUACCAGAUGAUCUGGAUGCAGUUUACCCUCCAUACGGUUACUCUGAUUUACACAUGGACGGCCUCCCGCUGGACGCAGAGCUACAUGAGCAAUACAUGCCAGAAAUGACCUAUGACCCUCGACAGGUGUACCCAAAUCCCCUCUAACAACACUGCCAGCAGUCUUCAGGUCAAAUGAAGUGGAUGAUGAUGAAGACCCCAAACCAGUUUGUUCCCUGAAAAAAAAUAAAAAAAAAAAAACAUGCCUGAACUGUGCAGUGCUUGAACAAAAGAAGAACAAAACACUCGACUUGCUUUAGUUCACCACCGGUCUGUUUGUGAUGUGAACUCCAAGCACUGCCUAACUCAUCUUGUCAUCUUGUGCUGCUAACAGAGUGACAAAUCCUGAAAGUGUGGUGACGCGAUCAGCAUGUGAUCAUAACAUGUACAUUUGGUACUUUAUAUUGUUUGUCCAAAGAUAUCCAGACAACUCCAUCCUAGAAAUGUAGCAUUAGCUAGCUAGCGGCUCGGCCACACGAGGGUUCGUUUUCCUUUGCGUUCUGUGAAUUUGUGGCAUUGCUACUGAGUAGAAAAAAAGUAUAAAAGCAACAACAAAACAUGCAUCUAAAACAGAAACCUGUUUGUAUUUUCAUAAUCUCACUAUUAUACGAAGACAUUUGUCCUGCCUUUUUUCUGGUACUUAAGAAAACUGCAAACCUCUACUAACAGAUCAAGGGCAGAAUUUCUUCUGUUUUCAUUCUUUCUUGCAUUUUUUUUGUUAUGUUUAAGAGACAAACUGAUAUUCAGUUGGAAGAGAAAGUUUGGGGUGUGUGAUUUCAUGUAAUGACAUUUUAGGAGGCAUUAAUGGAUGAUAUAGAUCUGUAAACGUUAAUCUCAGCUAUAAUUUACAAAAGUAUUUGGACACAAAUUCCUAAUAAACCAAUAAAAUAUGAAUGCCAGUGGUUUUGAAAUUAAAGUCUCAGUAAGCACAUACAAGUGUCCAAAUACAGUCGGUCAGUUUAUUUUCUGUAGAUUUUGUUUUUUAAUGACUGCUGUCAUGCAACAACAUUGUAAAUCCCAAAAUAAUUGUAGGAUUCAUAGAUUUACAGGUAUGUCAGAGUUGCUUAAUUAAAUAAGUACAAUGUGUGGCCACAUUUGUAGUAUAUUUCAGAGAAAUCUAAUACACAGUGACUGUAAAAUGACCAUUUGUUUUUCUUUCAGUGAUAUUACUGUAAUAGGGAACAUGAUGUCAUUAUCCUGAAUUUUUUUUUGGCAUGAUGAUCAUUUAGCUUUGUUAUUUUCAUUAUACUCUUAAAUGAUGGUAUAUUACUCUUUAUUAAGACCAAAUACAAUGUACUGUUUAACAAAUGAAUAAUUUGCAUUACAGUGAUUGCUUUUCCCACCUUGCAAUCUUGAGUCACCCUUAAAUUUUCAAUACAAAACAGUUCAAUUAUUAUUACACAGCAGUCUGGAACACUUUAUUCCGAUUGGUCAAAAUAUUGUCUGAUGAUGACUGGUUGAAUACAUUAUUCUUUAUUUGUUUACUCCAGACUAUUUGCUCUCUUGUGCCCUCUUUAAAUAAUAUCCUUUAGACUUUAAAUAUUUUUUAUACAAAACUAUAUUGUUUUACAUCAUUGUACAUAGAUAUAAAUGUGCUGAUCUUGUUUUGAAUGAGAUUUUUGUGGUCAGUUGACUGAUUAUAAACAUGAAUUUGAAAGGCUUAAAUGAAUUUGAAAGACAUUAAAAUCUGUGUGAAGUGUGAUUGCUGAUUGAUGAGACUGCAGUAAUUAUUGAGCAUUAUUUAUUAACUGUAAUUAUAAUGGAGAAUUUAGCUUCUUAAGUACAAAUCUGCCUGCCAUCUGUUGGUAUAUAAGGAACAUGUAUGUGCCAAAUGUAAUAGUAGUUAUUGAUAAAGGCUAUUCUGGUACGGUUGCCUCUGUUAUGCUCAAAUCUUUUAAUCUUUUAAUCAUCUUAAAUGAAUAGUUCACCCAAAAAUGUAAAUUUGCUGAGCAUUUACUCACCCUCAGGUCAUCAAAG